AUGGCCAGACCUGGCUUUCCCAGGCAUCCUCCCCUGGGUCAAGGCGGCUGCCAUGGGAUCUCUCCUGGCGUGACAACUAUAUCCCGCUCCGCAUCGGCUGCUACCUCGAGAACGGUUCCGACUGUACCCUUAAGCUUACCACUCCUGAUGGAGGAAUCCUGUUUGACAACACUCCCGGAGAUGAAUACCCUGAUUUCUCGCCUUACGGUAUGGAGAACCCGAAUCUUGAGCCUCCAAAACAAUCUUGUUGAGGCACCCUCCGACUCCGAUUCGGGCUCAGGUUCUAGCUUAGGGGGCUCAGGGGGCUCCCCCGAAAACAAUGAGCCUCCCCUUGACCUCAAAGCUUCGGUGGACGGGUUGAGCGGCUCAGGCGAUGCAUCUGGAAAAGACUCUUCGUUUGAUACAGGCAAUGGAACCGGAACCGGACUUGAUUCGGAUGCAGAUGACAAUGAAGACCUCAUUCAUCUCGCGCCUGGUGUUGGCUCCGAAAACCUUUUCGAAAUUGCCGCAGGUGCUGGGGCUGGUUCGGACGGCUGCUGGCGGAGCAGAGAACCUCUUCCACAUGGUGGAAGGCCUCGGAGGCGACAUGGAUGGAUUGUCGCAGCUGGUGGACCAGUCGGAGGACCGCAGAAACUGCUCGAUCUCUUCGCGGGCCUGGGCGAUGAAGACGGGGCCUAUUUCCAUGCUCAGCUAGACAAUGAAGGCCUAGAAAUCGACAUCGAAAUCCCGGGGGUUGGUCACAUGGGUAUUGGGCCUGCUUCUGAGGGUACCUACUUGAGCUCCUUCUGGGAGGCGGAGGUUAGGUUCCGCAAACGGAUCCGACUUGGACCUCGAACCACCGGAGAAGGCGGUGACGGGUUCGGGUGUAAGGGUGUGGUUGGAGGCGCGGUUGGCGUCGUGGGGAUGAUAGUAGCUGGUAUCGUGGACGGGCUUGGCCAAACGGUGAAGAAGUUUCUGUCUCGAAGAUGCCGGGGAUGGUUUAUGAACAUAGUUCAGACAUUUUCGAGGCUUCUUCCAUAUCUGUAUUGA